ACACAAAACACUCUGUUCUCGAACCUGAGAUCUACCGGGAACUGCACUGCAGUAUCCCAUUUCAUUCCCUCCAAUUUUCUCCACAAAGAUAACAAUAAUAACAGAAUAAAACUCAAUAGAGAAAAUAACUUAUCAGCUGCGUCUACACAACCCUGUUAGUUGCUACCAUUUCCCGACGGUUUUGAAUCAUGUGGGGCACCAUUGCAAAUUUGAAAGAGAACUUGAACAAGAUCGCACUUGGAGUUCACUGCGAAGAAGAAGACGACGAAAUGCUCCGCAUCUACGGCGGUGAAAUCACUUCCAACGGCGAGGAAUCUCGCGUCUCAGAUCGCCGGAAUUCUAACGGAUUUGUCCGUUCCAAAUCGGGAAUUAGGUCGCCACUCACACAUGGCAUCGAUCAUGUAUCUGUUUCUGAGAUAGAACAAUACAAAGCAGAAAUCAAGAGACUUCAAUCCUCUGAAGCAGAAAUUAAAGCACUGUCAGUUAAUUAUGCAGCUUUAUUAAAAGACAAAGAGGGUCAGAUUGUUAGAUUAAAUAAAGAAAAUGGUUCACUAAAGCAGAAUCUGGAGGCUGCGAAUGCUGCUCCGUAUGCCUCCAGAAAUGAAGUUUCUAGAGCAUCUACAAGUGGCACUUCUUCAAUCAAGGAGCUUGCAAAUACAGUUGAUGGAAAAAUUAGGCUAUCAAAAGCGGUGCAAUAUUCCUUAGAGAUAAAAAAGCUAAAGUUAGAACUAAAGCAAGAAUGUGAUCAGUUGGCAAAUGUUCAACUAAAUUUUCGUGAGGAGCAGGAAUUGAACAACUCUUUCCGGGAGGAGCUUAAAAUGUUAAAGUUGGAAAGAGAAAAAACAUUAAAGGAGAUAAGCAAAGUACAAAAUGAAUUGAAUGAGAAAGCAUCGGAAAUAAAGCACCUGCAAUUUGAGUUGACUAGAAGACAAAAUGAGGAAGCAGGGGAGGAUUUCAAUAGCUUGAAAAGACUAAUAAGAAACUUGGAGAAGGAAAACACCACUCUCAAUAGGGAGAAGAAUGAAGCUGAGGUCGCUCUCGAAAAAAGUAGGAAGUCUUUCACUGAAAAAAUGUUGUCUGAUGCUUUGCAUAUUCAGAAAAAGGAUUCAAGCAGCAUCAGUGAUAUGCCAUAUCAUUCUGAGAGUUUUCCAGGAAAGGAAGAAAUGGAAAGAUCCUUACAAAAGCUAAGUGAAGACUUGAAGGAAACACAGCGGGACAGGGACAAAUCAUUAAAAGAAUUGAGCCGCCUUAAGCAGCAUUUGCUGCAAAAGGCCUCUGAAGAAGUUGAGAAAUUGGAUGAGGAGAGUAAAAUCAUUGAAGAGCUUCAUGAUAGCAAUAAUUAUUUAAGGGCUCAGAUAUCACAUCUUGAGAGAACUCUGAAGCAAGCCAUUGCAAGUCAGGAGGAACUGAAGAUGGUGAACAAUAAUGAAAUUCUUAAGUCUAGGGAAAUCAUUGAUGACCUCAACAAAAAGCUUACAAACUGUCUGAGCAUAAUAGAUUCUAAAAAUGUUGAACUUUCAAAUUUACAGACAGCUCUUGGACAGUACUAUGCUGAAAUUGAAGCCAAGGAACAUUUAGAAGGGGAGUUAGCCUGGGCAAGAAAAGAAAUGACUGAGCUUUCUCAGCUGUUAAAAGAUGCAGAUCAGAGAGCAGAUAUAUCAAUGGCUGAAAAAGAAGAAACUUUGGUCAAGCUUUCCCAAUCUGAGAAAGCACAGACUGAAUGGAAAAGUAGAAUAAGCAAGCUUGAGGAUGACAAUGCCAGAUUGAGGCGAGCUGUUGAGCAGAGUAUGACACGGUUAAAUAGAAUGUCGGUGGAUUCAGAUUAUCUUGUUGACAGGCGCAUUGUUAUUAAAUUACUUGUAACUUAUUUCCAGAGAAAUCACAGCAAAGAGGUUUUAGAUCUUAUGGUUCGCAUGCUAGGAUUCUCUGUCGAGGAUAAGCAAAGGAUAGGUGUUGCUCAACAAGCUGCAAGCCAAGGUGUUGUUCGAGGAGUUUUUCGGAUACCUGGCCGCCUGGUUGGAGGCAUCUUGGGUGGAAGUUCGACUGAAGCAAUGGCAACUGCAGGAUCUGAUAACCAGUCCUUUGCGGAUAUGUGGGUUGAUUUUCUUCUCAAGGAAACCGAAGAAAGAGAGAAGAGAGAAACAUCAGGAAAUACAGGUACAACCACUGAAAAUUCACAUGAUAAAAGUUCAAACACUAUUUCCGCUAUUCCCCCUCUUCCGAACCAGAGGUUUGCAUCUGUUCCCCCACUUUCCAAUCCGAGGUUUGCAUCUGCUUUACCAAUAAUUUCAAAUAAUCAAAACACCAGUCUUCUCCCUCCUAGCUAUUUUCAGCGUCCUGAAAAUUUUGGUUCCGAGUUCUCAACAGUUCCUCUUACACCAUCUAUUGCCAAAAGUACUGGUUCAAACCAGCUUCCAAUACUGAAUAUAGACAUUGGAUCCUGCACUUAAUCCAAGGUAUAUAUAUGUUUUCUUUUAUUAAAAUUUUGUUUCCAUUGCUUUCUAGGUCUCAUCAUUCUCGUGUGCAUUUAUGUAUAUAGUUUUGUAAAAGAACUAUACUGUUGUAGAUGUUCUAAUAAUAUCAUUCUAUCUCUUCAAUUCAUUCAUGUUAUACUAAAACCAGUUUAUGACUAUAAUAGAUUCUCCACUUCGGAAUGCAUAUUUAUUUUGACAAAAUGUUUCAUGUGCAUAUACAAUAUUAAUCAAACCUUAUGGUACUGAAUUGAGCAAAUGUUAUCAUAAUCAUCAUCCAAUUUAGUAUUACUUGGACGUGGAUAGAAAACAUCCCAUAAAGUUGUGUGGAAUCUGGCUGAGGCUGAGGUGGUUAUUAUACACCAAAUAAAAAAAGUAGAAUGAUUCGGUUGGUUUACUCAUAAACGUGAGUUGAGUCGACUUGGCUUACUUUUUGGUGAGAUACAGAAAAUCUACAAUAUAGAACUUAACCAUGCCCCAUAGAUUAGGCCAUUCACGAAGUCACAAAGCUUCCAUAAUCAUUCUACUACACUUGCUUACAAUAUCUAAGAUCAACCUAACUCUUUCCUUAUCGUUUUCAUACCUAGGUUUAUCUAAUAAAUCCUAGUAAUUCUUAUUUAAUCUUGAUGAUCCUUAAGUUAUACUCAAUCUAAAAUCAUCUUAUUGUUUUCUUUGUUAAUCCAUGUCUAGAUUUUAUCUAUAAUCCUUACAACAUUUAGAGUUUUUACAUCCAUACACGAUGUUAACCAACCAUUACCUAGUCUCAUUCUUAAGCAUAUGGUUCUUACUUGAUUUAUAACAAUUCUUGAUCUCACAUUACCUUUGUUUCUAAGUCAUUUCUCAUUGAUAAUUAAGCAUAAGAUCAUUACAUUAGCCUCAGGAUCAUUACUUAUUUUAAACUAGAGUUUUUUUUUUUGGGGGGCAUAAAAUUAGGUUUUUAGGAAUUUUAGAGGUCAUGAUUCAACUAAGGAAUUGCCUUAAUUCGAAUAAAAAAUUUAGGGGGUAUAAUUCUAACUGUAUGAAUCGAUUGAUGCACCUCUCUGAUUUGAUUCUAGAGUGAAAAAUGAUCAUGAUUCGGUUCAUAUCUUUCCUGAAUCGAUUCAAAAGUGCAAAAACUCAUAAAUUCCUAUUUUUACACUUCCAAGCCAUGAUCAUACUAAUACUCUCUAACCGUCAUGGAUUAAAACAUACAUAUUCCUAGCUCAUAAUGCAUCUAAUCUACAGAAUUUCUCAACACAUACAAGAUCAACUAUCUUAGGACUUGUCAGUUGUCAUACCUUGCUUCUGAAUUCUGAUACUAAGGUAAGAACGAUGAAAAUGAACUCUAAUGAUCCUACCAUCACAAUUGCAAGAUGAUGAAAUUCUUCCUAGAUGAAAAUGAACUCUAAUGAUCCUACCAUCACAAUUGCAAGAUGUUGAAAUUUUUCCUAGUGCAUGCAACGUGCAUAAUUUCUUCCUCUCCUUUCAAACUUGAGCAGUCCAUUUUUGUCAAGAACCUUAUACUUGAAAAUUUUCUAUUCGAGUAAAUUACACUUCUCUCUCCCAAAAGAUACUCAUAUUACGAUACUCUCCCGAUUAGUGUUAAAAUACACUCUCCCC